CAAUGGACCUCAAAAAAUCAAAACCAAUGAGGCGCCAAACAGAUGUUGCCCUCAGCAUCACGAAACAUUUAUUCUCAAAAGAAGAUUAUCAUGACAAGAACGUGGUCUUUUCACCCUUCUCUCUCAACGCUGCUCUUAGCGUCAUGGCUGCUGGUUCAUCCGGCCGAACACUCGACGAGCUUCUCACCUUCCUCCGAGUUAAGUCUGUCGACCAUCUCACCACCUUCUACUCUCAUCUCAUCUCUGCUGUGCUCUCCUCUGACGAUGCUGCUCCUUCAUAUCACUUGUCUUUUGCCAAUGGAAUGUGGGCCGAUGAUUCGCUUUCCCUUUCCCAUUCUUUCAAACAACUUGUGGCCACUCAUUACAGGGCGGCUCUAGCCUCAGUUGAUUUUCAGAAUAAGGGUGAUCAAGUGCACAGUGAAGUGAAUUCCUGGGUUAAAAAAGAGACCAAUGGUCUUAUUACAGGGCUUCUUCCUCCUAGGGCAGUAGGCAAGUUAACAAGGCUUAUCUUUGCAAAUACAUUGCACUUCAAGGGUGUGUGGGAAGACAAGUUUUCACCAACAUAUCGAGAUAAUUUCCACCUCCUUAAUGGCACCUCAGUCGAGGUUCGCUUCAUGACAAGCAAGAAGAAGCAGCAGUUUAUUAGGGCUUUUGAUGGUUUUCAAGUGCUCCGUCUUUCUUAUGAACAAGGUACAGAUAAAAAACGUCGGUUCUCCAUGUACAUUUUUCUUCCCGAUGCAAAAGAUGGAUUGCCAGCUUUAAUUGAAAAGUUGGCUUCAGAUUCUAAUUUCUUGAAAGACAAGCUUCUUCCUCAGCAUACAGUUUGGGUACAUGACUUCAAGAUUCCAAAGUUCAAGAUUUCUUUUGGAAUUAAAGCUUCUAAUGUGCUGAAGGAGCUGGGAGUGGUUUCGCCUUUCUCUCAACAGAAUGCAGAUUUCACAAAAAUGGUGGACGGUCAUGUGGAUGAAUUAUACGUGGAAAACAUAUUUCAUAAAGCUUUCAUUAAGGUUAACGAAGAAGGCACUGAAGCUGGAGCGGGCAUUGUUAUGCAUGGAGCAACAAAAGGUUUUUCUGAUGUUCGGGCUAGUAGAAACUUUGUCGCUGACCACCCUUUUCUCUUCUUAAUAAGAGAAGAUUUCGCCGGAACCAUCCUCUUCAUUGGGCAGGUUCUCAAUCCUCGUGAAGGAGCAGCCACACCGGUGAAGUUUCUUGUUUUACUUUUAUUUACUGCUAAGAAAGAUGUGGGAAAAGUUGAUGAGGAUGCUCAUAUGUCCUACAUAGAAGACCUUGAGGUUCCAUCAAAGAGGAAGAGAAAGAGAAAGAGGUCAAGUAAAGUUUAUUUCACGGAGAGGAUGUGA